UCAAUUUACUCCGUAAUAAAAGUGCAUAGGGCGCCCUCUGCCGAGGAGUUGUGCUCAUCAGGCGCAGUGCUUUUAUUUUGAAAUGGUUGUCCUUAGUUACACCGGAACUGAAAGUGCUUUUGUGACCCGCGGUGCUGCAGUGAAAGGAGGAAGGCCACUCGUAUUUCCAUGCUCCGUACGCAUUGUUUUGUUUUCAUUGGUUGAAGUGCGAGUAUGUUAUCAUUUUAUAUGUCAGGCGAAGUGUUCACUAGUUAUGCGUCGUAAUAAACACGAAUCUACUGCACACUGUUUUCAAGUAGCAAUAAUGUUUGUUGGGCCUUAUAUUACCGGUUGUUCCGGCAUUUGUCUGACAUAUCAAUGACCAUGGAUAUGAAAGCUGUUCUUCAGUUUGCCGCAGCAACGAGAUGUGUAACGUUGAUUUUGCAAGCAGUCCUAAAUGCGGCCAUCCCUGAUCAUGAAGCAGAUGCGUUCAGGCCCCCUCGGACAGAAGAGCCUCUGUACCUGGACUCCAAUGUGGACUGGCUGUUCAGUGGCCUGUCACGCUGGGAUGCUGAACAUUUUCUCUUCAUUGCCGAGAGGGGAUACUUGUAUGAACAUAAUUUUGCCUUUUUCCCUCUCUUCCCGAUCAUUCUCAGAGGCUUGGCUGACACAUUACUUUGGCCCUUGAGCACCUGGCUGACUGUUCGUGGACGGUUGCUAGUGGCAGUUGCUCUUGGAAACACAGCACUCUUCUUGCUUAGUGUGGUGGCCUUGCAUGCACUUGGUAGAAUAGUUUUACAGGAUAAACGCCUCGCUCUACUCUCCAGUCUUCUGUACUGCAUCACACCAGCCAAUGUUUUCAUGACUGCUGGAUACUCAGAGAGCCUAUUUGCAGCGCUCACCUUUGGAGGAUUAUAUCUUUUGGAGAAAGGAUUCACCCUUAGAGCUUGUUUGGCACUCAGUAUAGCUACAGCAGCACGCUCCAAUGGACUGGUGAACAUAGGAUUCCUGCUCUAUCUUCCUUCUUUAUAUGCUCUUACUCAGAUUCGUGUUUAUCGAGCAACUACAAAGGGUCAUGUCAAAGUCUUUCAUUACAUAUUUGUCAUUAUUCGUUUGUUGUUCACUUCUUUAUUGGGCACUGCUAUUAUAGCCCUUCCAUUUGUAACAUUCCAAUACUAUGGAUAUAGGACGUUUUGCACGCCAUCUCUCUCCUUGGAGCGUAUCCCUCCAGCUCUGCUCUCACUUGCUGAAAGAAAGGGCUACAGAGUACCUGAUGAAAAUGGCCCUCCACCUCUCUGGUGCAUGAGGCCUCUGCCUAUGCUGUACUCUCAUAUUCAAGAUGUUUAUUGGGAUGUUGGGUUUUUACGCUACUUUGAACUUAAGCAAAUACCAAACUUUGUUUUGGCCUUACCAAUGGCUACUCUUGGAAUUAUGGCAGCAUAUGCAUAUAUUCAGGCCAACCCAGAACUGUGUCUUCGACUUGGACUUUGGGAAACAAUUGAAAAUAAAGGACUUGACAAGCCAGUACCAGGAUUUUUCAACCCCCGGGUGUUUGUGUAUGUGGUUCACUCCAGUGUAUUACUGGUGUUUGGAAUGUUGUGCAUGCAUGUACAGGUCCUUACCAGGUUCAUGGCCUCUUCCUCUCCAGUGCCAUUUUGGAUAAGUGCACAUCUGCUACUGCUCAAUGAGCCGCUUCUUCAUAGAAGAAAAACUUCCACUCCCGGUGUUCAGCUGCACAGCCAUCAUCAUAACGGAUGCAAGCACACACCCCCAAACCCCAUCAUAGCAUUACUGCUAAACUUCACAGCCUGUUCUUCAAUUACUAAAGGCAUUUUGGGUUAUUUCCUGUCCUAUUGGCUGUUAGGUUUGAUAAUGCACUGUAACUUUCUGCCAUGGACUUGAUGUUAUCCUGAGCUACAACAGCACAGAUAUGUAAAAUUUGGUAAUAACAUCUUUAACAUUUAGUUUACUUAAUAAAUCAAAAAUCAGAUGAAGUAAACCAACCCAACACACUGUAUUUCUGUUCACAUUUACUUGGUUCUGUAUUUGCGGUAUUUUUUUAUUUUUAUUUAUUUUUUUAGCACAGUUGUAUGCACAUUUUAGCAAUAAUUGUUUUUUGCCUUGGGUUGAGUUUGCACAUAGUUUACAAAAAGAAUACUGCUAUAUGGAAAAGUCGCAUGUUUGUAAAGGAAAAAAAAAUUCUCUUUGCACUAUAAACAAUUUAAUGUGGGGCUAACGCUAUUUUAUAGAACUGCUGAGUAAAUCACUACAAAACUA